AGCGCUUGCAGUGCUCAAGAUGACAUGAGCUUGUCAAGUGCGCGAGCCGUCAGAGCCGAGGACAUGGCAUCGGACCUCGCCUGAAACCAAAAGGCUCAUGAGCAGGCCCCCGGGUUCCAAUGACGAACCCGGACCCCUCAACGGCUGCAUGGAACCAAGUCCUCCGCCCCCGCCUCCAGCACCUUCGCCAGAGGAGGUAUGCCUUGAGCAGGGCUUCGUGCCGGUACCGGUGGCUCCCCCACCCCCACGGCCUCCUUCAGCAAGCCGUCUAGUUCUCAUUCCACUGUGCAGGAAGGGGGACAGGGCUGGCAUUGAGAAUGCCAUUGUCAACGGAGGUGCAUCUGUGGAGGAGGUGGACAUUGAGGGAAACACCCCUCUUCAUGUUGCCGUGGAGGCUCCGAGAAACGAGAUUGCGACCGUCUCCUGUCUGCUGGAGCACAUGGCGAAUCCGAAUUCGGUGAACUAUAUUGGGGCCGCGCCCCUCCACUACGUUUGCCUAAGAAAAAACAAUUGGCGAGGGAUCGCCAACCUCCUCUUGGAGAAUGGAGCGAACAUAGAUUGCCAAACGCUCGCUGGCAAAUCGGCCCUCCACUUUGCAGCUGAAAACCAGCUUCCAGAGUUGGUGGAGGUUCUCUGCCUCUUCGGCGCGGAUCCCAACUUGAUGGAUGUCCAGGCCAACGCGGCAGUGCACCUCGCCCUGGCGAAGGUGGGUCGGGAUACUGUGAAACGGCAGAUCCUGGAGCACCUGAUGGCAGCAUCCGCUCACCUCGAGGCGCCGAACCUGAGAGGCUUUGCUCCCAUGCACUUGGCAUGCUCCACUGGAAGCAUCAGAUGUGUACAACUUCUGAUGGAAGCAGGGAUGGAGCUUUGUGUUGCCACAUCCAGGGGCGAGACGGGGCUUCACCUUGCGUGUGCAUCUGGGCAGGGCGAGGUUGCCCAGCUUUUCAUCCAAGCGGCCCCGCAAAUUCUGGAUAUGCAGGAUGCCGACGGCAACACGCCUCUGCAUGCAGCUGCCUUGGAGGGCCACUUGGAAUGCGCCCUGAUCCUCCUCAGGAAUGGCGCGGAAGUCGAUGUCAAAAACAACCAGUCUUUGACAGCAUAUGAGGUUUCGAGAAGCAAAGGCCACGACUUGGCCAGCACCCAUAAUCCGGAACUCAUGCAGGUCCUCAAAGAAGCGCAGAAAGAGAGAGGAUGCCGGCAAUCCUGAAGUGAGGUUCAGGGUUCGAGCAUUUGCUAAGCGGCCCUGUGGCUCGAACUUCGAACUUGCCCGCUCACAAAGAGUGCCGGCGAAGCGAAGCGCCCACAAUUGAAGCUGUAGCCCAGUUAGACUGACUGCUUUGCAGCCUACGCUCACCAGAAAGUCGUGAACAGGUGUGGCCAUUUCAUGUUCGCAGCUUUGCGCUUGCUGCUUGGCUUCUUGCUGCUUAUUUGCUUUGUCCUUGGCUCAUCAGCUGGGCUGUUUUAGCUUUCCAUAGCUUGCAGUAGGGCACAGGAAAAGGUUGGAAAGGCA